AUGCUACCCUCAAUCGUCCGGAUAAAAAUCGAGGCGGCCGCGCAAGGCCACAUACGGGUCCAGAUAAAAUUUGUUCCCCCGCCGGGUACGAACCUCUCAACUCAGCACCCAACCAGGCCCGGCCUGCCGAAUGUGCUUUUCGACGGCCUUAUCACCCCUUUACGGCCACUUCACGUUGAAGGGACAGGGUGCUUCUAUGGCAUCAUAUUCUCGCCGACAUUCAAUCAGCUCGUCAUAGGCAGAGACGGGGGUAAGGGUAGCCGGCAUGGUUAUGUUACUCAAGUGCCGAAUGUAAUGGCGGCCUCGAAUAUCGGUGUUCAGAUUUUCGAGCAUGCUCUGGGCUCAAAGUUUCGCAGUGUGCCACACUCGCAGGCCUUCCACGUCAAGCGCUUCGACUUCGUUCCUCCACGCGCCUUUCUCUGUGGUCUUUCCCAGGUACCGGAGGUCACCGAAAAUGCACUCCACAUUUCGCGGGCAGACUGGGAAGUAUUUUCCAAGCUCAUGGAUAGGACGAAGGAUGUUGUUUUAGCAUUAAAGGCGUUCAGCAAGCGUGCACAGAACGACGGAAUGGAAGAAGACGACGAAUAA